AUGAUCUCUAAUACCGCACUCUGCUUCGGAAUCCUAGCAAUGCUGUCGGUCCAGAACCUCCUGCUAGCUAAGCCAGUCGCUGAUAUUCAGACCCUGUCCAGGUGGCUAGAGGGAGGGACUGACCGUUAUCUUGAAUCGGAGGUGAAGGACCUCGAUGUAGAUGACUUGUCCCUUGCAGCGGUUUCCUCUGAUCAGCUGGAUAGCGAACUCUUGCACCGAAAGUUCGAAGGCUUGAGUGCGGGGAAACACGUUUCUGACGAGGCGCUCGUUCGAAUCUUAAGUGACGUAAUCAAUUCUGCGAAGAGAUAUGGGAGGAAAAACAAAAAGGGCGUUUCCCGGGGUUGCUUCGGAGUGAAACUGGACAGAAUAGGCUCCAUGAGCGGCAUGGGCUGCUAA